AUGUUUAUUGGCAAUCAUCCGAAACUGGAAUUUCUGGGACUCGCUUUAUGGCCGUUAGCUGCUGGGUAUGUUUCUAUCACCCAGUUAUCACAAGAAUAUCCCAACAUUGAAAUGAUUGGCGGAUUAAGCGAACAACAUUUAAUAAGGACGAUAAGUCGAUACCCCGAUCGAACAGCCUACUAUCACUCUGCUACCUACAUUCUUUUUCAGCGUGUUCAAGGUAGUCACGUCUUCUCUCCAAAUCUUUUUGAAUGUUUGCUGAAUUAUUUGGAAGACAAGUAUAAAAGGCGUCGUUUGGUGGGAAGAGCUAUUUUCGCCAUUGACUGGUUGACAAACCCGGAGCGAUAUAAUAAUACGCCCAUGCAUUUACUUGAACGCGCGCGUGAUAUUAUUCUCACUAUAAUGGAUGAUGGUACAGUCGGUUCAAACAUCAGUAGUUAUGGGUGUAAUGUGUUAACUAAUCUUCUCAAAAUUGAAGGAGUCGAGAUCAAUUAUAGAAAGUGUUGCAAAAUUCUCUUUAAAUUUCUACCAGGCGAAAGCAGUACAGUUGUAAGAGAACGCGCUUUAGGUGCUAUCAGGGAAUUGCUUGGACGGAUGCCCGAUGCUGACUUCGUUGAUGCUAGAAGGUGCAAGCGAUAUAUAGAGUGUCUAAUGAGAUGUCUUCUUGAGUAUCACGUUCCUAAGGGAGUUUUCCAACAAUGGGCUCUUUUUACUAACCACAGAGGAGUGCGUUACCUUAAGGAAUUUCACAAUUUUGUUCCAAGUGAUCGUGGGAUCGAUUGUGCGCAAAUUUUGAGCCAGUUUAUUGGUAAUAGCUAUGAGGCCUGCUUAAGGUUCGUAUUCGUUGGUGGUUUCCCAUUGCUCAGACUUGUCAUACGGUACUCAUCUAGUGAACUCCAACUUCUAGAUAACUAUAGUCAACUGCAAGGGGGUCAUCUCCUCUCUCCCUAUGUUUAG